AGUUAUCCCCAGCCCGUCCCGUCUCCGUGGUUACACAGUGGCGGAAGUUAUCGCAAUCCACCUGUUGCACUUCGAACAGGAAAAAUAGCUCGACAAAUCGAUAUUUGGGCGUUCUUAAAAACUAAGCCAAUCGAAGCAACGGUAAAGUUCUAGAACUACUAGCUACAUUCUAUCUGUGUCAACUUUAAUGGACAAACUAAAGAAAGUUUUGAGUGGCCAAGAUGGCAACAAUGAUGACGGCGACAUAUUGCAAGCGGCGAACCAAGCCUCCACCCUGGGCUGGGGCACGCGCAUGAAGGGCUUUAUCGCAUGUUUCGUGCUCGGGGUCUUGUGUUCCAUUCUGGGGACAUGCUUGCUGUGGAUUCCAAGGGUUGGUCUGAUUCUGUUUGCCGUGCUGUACACACUCGGCAAUGUUGCCUCUCUGUGCAGCACUAUGUUCCUGAUGGGACCCCUUAAUCAGCUGAAGAGGAUGUGUGCCAAAGAAAGAGCACUGGCCACAGCUAUCAUGCUGACCUGUCUGGUGCUAACUAUGUGUUCUGCUUUCUGGUGGAAGAAUAAUGGUCUAGCCUUACUCUUCUGUAUUCUACAGUUUCUGGCCUUCGCUUGGUAUGGCCUGUCCUACAUUCCAUUCGCAAGGGAUGCCGUGAUAAAGGCCUUCUCUGUCUGUCUGAAGUGAGGCUGCAAACCUCCCUUUCACUCUCCCUCUGAGGGGUUAUGAUGUGUGUGUGUUUGGGGGUUGGCUAAAGCCCUCAACUCUCUGGCAAACACACAGACGCCACACAGGUGUGCUGGAAUGGUGCCCACUGAGUAAACACUCGUCAGCGAAUGCUUUCCAGAGCAGAAGUGUACCUGAGGUAUGAUGUUGUGUAGAGGAAUCUGUUUGUGAGGGAUGCCUUAACUUAUGUGUGUGUGGUGUCUGUCCCUUUAAGCUUGGUGUAUGUGAAUUUUGUGUGUUUUUCUACACUGUGAGUCCAGCUCCUCUUAAUUUACUGUGGGGGGAGGGUCAAUGCACCACCUCUGUCAUUUCUCUAACUGUAAAUCAAACCAGACCAAAACUAUUCAGAUCUAUAUUUAGGUGCCAACAUGGUGUCUUCACUAGUUAGUUGUACUGUAGGUGUUUAUUUACAUGUGUUCACAAUGGACAGCUGACUACUGAUAAUUUAACCGGCUCAGGUCUGGAAAUCUGUACAGUCAGGGGACUUUUUGCACCUAAUCCCAAGUGCACUUACCAGGAGUCUGAAUAUAAGGGCCUGCUGUUAAACGUUCUUCUAGCUGGAUAGAUAUACAGUUGAAGUUGGAAGUUUACAUACACUUAGGUUGUAGUCAUUAAGACUAGUUUUUCAACCUCUCCACAAACUUCUUGUUAACAAACUAUAGUUUUGGAAAGUCAGUUAGGACAUCUACUUUGUGCAUGACACAAGUAAUUCUUCCAGCAAUUGUUUAUUUCACUUAUAAUUCACUGUCACAAUUUCAGUGGGUCAGACGUUUACAUACACUAAGUUGACUGUACCUUUAAACAGCUUGGAAAAUUCCAGAAAAUGAUGUCAUGGCUUUAAAAGCUUCUGAUAGGCUAAUUGACAUAAUUUGUGUCAAUUGGAGGUGUACCUGUGGAUGUAUUUCAAUGCCUACCUACCUGCUUCUUUGCUUGACAUCAUGGGAAAAUCAAAUGAAAUCAGACAAGACCUCAGAAAAUACAUUGUAGACCUCCACAAGUCUGGUUCAUCCUUGGGAGCAAUUUCAAAAUGCCUGUAGGUACCACGUUCAUCUGUACAAACAAUAAUAUGCAAGUACAAACACCAUGGGACCACGCAGCCGUCAUACCGCUCAGGAAGGAGAUGCGUUCUGUCUCCUAGAGAUGAAUGUACUUUGGUGCGAAAAGUGUAAAUCAAUCCCAGAACAACAGCAAAGGACCUUGUGAAGAUGCUGGAGGAAACAGGUACAAAAGUAUCUACAGUAAAACGAGUCCUAUAUCGACAUAACCCGAAAGGCCACUCAGCAAGGACGUAGCCACUGCUCCAAAACUGCAUAAAAAGCCAGACUACGGUUUGCAACUGCACAUGGGGACAAAGACUGUACUUUUUGGAGAAAUGUCCUCUGGUCUGAUGAAACAAAAAUAUAAUUGUUUGGCCAUAAUGACCAUCGUUAUGUUUGAGGGAAAAGGGGGAGGCUUGCAAGCCGAAGAACACCAUCCCAGCCGUGAAGCACGGGGGUGGCAGCAUCAUGUUGUGGGGGUGCUUUGAUGCAGGAGGGACUGGUGCACUUCACAAAAUAGAUGGCAUCAUGAGGGAGGAAAAUUAUGUGGAUAUAUUGAAGCAACAUCUCAAGACAUUAGUCAGGAAGUUAAAGCUUGGUUGCAAAUGGACAAUUACCUCAAGCAUACUUCCAAAGUUGUGGCAAAAUGGCUUAAGGACAACAAAGUCAAGGUAUUGGAGUGGCCAUCACAAAGCCCUGACCUCAAUCCUAUAGAAAAUGUGUGGGCAGACCUGAAAAAGCAUGUGUGAGCAAGGAGGCCUACAAACCUGACUCAGUUACACCAGCUCUGUCAGGAGGAAUGGGCCAAAAUUCACCCAACUUAAUGUGGGAAGCUUGUGGAAGGCUACCCAAAACGUUUGACCCAAGUUAAACAAUUUAAAGGCAAUGCUACCAAAUACUAAUUGAGUGUAUGUAAUCUUAUGACACACUGGGAAUGUGAUGAAAGAAUAAAAGCUGAAAUAAAUCAUUCUCUCUACUAUUAUUCUGACAUUUCACAUUCUUAAAAUAAAGUGGUGAUACUAACUGACCUAAGACAGGGAAUUUUUAGGAUUGAUUGUCAGGAAUUGUGAAAACUGAGUUUAAAUGUGUUCGGCUAAGGUGUAUGUGACCUUCUGACAUCAACUGUACAUGCAGAAAAAAAUAAGGGAAGAACUGCUUCAAGUGCUCAUGAAUCUUUCACCUUUUAUAGAAAACGUCUGAGUUCCGUUUCCUGUAAACAUGUCUAACUGCUGUUUUAACUGUCAUGGUUAGUUGAACCAUAGACAAUUUUGUGUUAUAUUUUUUCCACAGGUAUUUUGGCUUUCAUUUCAGUUUCUUUUAUAAUUUCUGGGCGAAUAUGUUAUUAUUAUUAUUUAUUUUUUCAAUCAUGUUUCCUGUAAACACUACUCUUUAACUGUUUCAACUCUUUCAUGGUUAGUAUUAUAGCUGUUUUCUGGGUGGAAUUAAAAUAUCAAUGCUGGCUUCAGCAUGCCCUAGUCAUGACCAUUAAAAAACCCUCUCACUGGGGCUGUGUGACUUUUAUGUUAACUUGCAAAAAAGAAAUGCCUUACUUCACAUGAUUUAAACCAGGGAAUCACUGCUUUUUAAAUUGGUAUACUGAACUACUGUAACUCUCCUGAGUGACCUCUGUUUCAUAAAACCCUCCCUAUAGAUGGUUGUUUCAUCUACAUAAAAACAUGUAUGAUGCUAUUAAACACUUGUUUUAUAGAAUAACAUAUGUUCUAUAUUCAGGAUACAUUGUUUUAGGACCAUGGUUAGUUCGUCUACUUGUCUAAUAUGAGUGCAGGUAGUUACAGGUUUGGAAUAAAUACUUUUUAAAUCACGAUUAUUUUUUGUACCAUCUGGAAAUUCAACACUAAUGUUUUAAAGUGUAACGAUAAUUUAGCGAUGUAGGCCAAUAAUGUAUGACUAUGAAUCAUGUGUUCUUGUCCUGUUUGUGUGACACCAUUUUACAACAGAAAUAAACAUUUUCAAACUA